AGGAGUGCAGAACCAGAGAGCGAGGAGAAGAAGAAAUGAGGAGAUUAGUGCUGCAGGAGGUGAUGCGAAACGAAGAAAAAAAAUGGACAACUCUCUUCUGCAUCUUGUGCUGAAAGAUUUAAGUCUCUGGGUCACGUCCUACAAAAAAAGUUCAAACUCUGGUAUCUCAUUUUCUGAGGGCACUUAUAAAAACGUGUAAACUAAAGAAGCAAAGGAUCACAGCUUGGGAGGUUCUAGAUGAGUGAAGACGACACGGGGAAGAAGAAAAAAGGCAUGUGGCAUAAGACUAAAGAGCAAGAAGUGCUGAGGGAUUCGAGGUGAAGUGGGACAAUGCUGGCCGAGCCCCAGGAAAAAGACACAGCACAUUGUUCUUGGUCCAAGCGAGCGAAAGCAGCAUGUCUUCUCCCGAUGGAGAGAAGCUGCACUGGGCCUCGCUGCUCUUCCUCAUGGCCAUCCUACCCACUAUCGGUGGAAACAUCCUGGUCAUCUUGGCUGUGUCGCUGGAGCGCAAACUCCAAAAUGCCACUAACUACUUCCUCAUGUCUCUAGCUGUAGCUGACCUGCUGGUGGGGCUGCUGGUGAUGCCCAUUGCUCUUGUUACCGUCCUGUACAAUUCAGCAUGGCCACUUCCUGAGUUCCUGUGUCCCAUCUGGCUAUUCCUAGAUGUCUUAUUCUCCACAGCGUCCAUCAUGCACCUUUGCGCCAUCUCCCUCGACCGUUACAUCGCCAUUAAAAAGCCCAUUCAGCACAGCCAGUACAACUCCCGAGCAAAAGCCAUAGCCAAAAUUGCACUCGUCUGGUUGAUAUCAAUAGGAAUCGCCAUACCCAUACCCAUCAAAGGACUGCAAAGCUCAAACCAUUCAAUAAACAUAACUUUCAACAGCAACCACACCUGCCUGUUGACAAUAGAGGGCUUUGCAGAGUUUAAAUUAUUCGGCUCUCUGGCGGCCUUCUUCAUCCCCCUCAUGAUCAUGAUGAUUAUAUACCUGCUGACGAUCCAAGUGCUGCGCAAGAAAGUGUAUCUCCUUAGAUCGAGGGCGAGUCAGCAAGUCAACAGGCCCACGGUAUGCACGGUCUUCCAAAGAGAGCAGACGGUUCCAUCGUCACCAGAGAAAAUCAGUACGCUGGAUUCUAUUAAAAAGGACCAUAUGCUACAGCGAACACUCCCCAUCACAGGGAAUGAGUUUCCGAUUCGGAGACUGUCUACCAUUGGAAAGAGAUCUAUACAAAAUCUGAGUAAUGAACAGCGAGCCUCGAAGGUCCUUGGGAUUGUUUUCAUUUUGUUUGUGGUCAUGUGGUGUCCAUUUUUCAUCACCAAUGUGACAUCGGUUCUGUGCAUGAGUUGUAAUGUCAAACUGGUUGAGAGACUUUUAGACAUUUUUGUGUGGGUUGGUUACGUUUCUUCAGGCGUCAACCCUUUAGUCUAUACACUUUUUAACAAGACUUUCCGGGGAGCCUUUACACGUUACAUCACAUGCAACUUUGGCACCGAGAGAGCAUCCAGAACGCAGCACAGGAACCUGACCAAAAGCCCUUUCCACUCUUCUGUAGCAGAAAACUCAAAAAUGUAUUUGAAGCAUGGGAUGAUGAAUGGCAUUGGUCCUGUAGGGUACCAGAGUCCUUUGCGAAGAAGACCCACAAACAUUCAACCCUCUAGUAGUGUCAUGCUGGAUACUCUUCUUCUCACAGAAAACGAGGACCACAAAACUGAUGGAGUCAGCUGUUUAUAGCAAGCUUUGAUUUCAUGCAUACAAAAAACAAAAAAAAAACCCACAAACACCCCCAACAAAACCUAAUGAUUUAAACUGCUCAAUCUUGCUCCUAGACGUCAAAGAAUUGACAGGCAUUCAUAUUUCACCCUUUUGCAAAUAGAAAUGUCUGUA